UCUCCGAGAUUUCCCUCGCCAAUUUGCCAUGUCGUCUGCUUCAUAUUCAAGCUAAUUACAAGAUUUUAAUAAUUUCUCUGUUCUCACCCCAGAAUCUUCUGCUUAAUUUUCAAGCUAGUUACUAGUUUUUAACACCAAUUUAUUUCUUCUCACCCCCAAAUCAAAUCAUCCGCUUCACUGCAAUUAAUCGGCACCACAGGCAUGUUCUAUAAAGUAUAAACCCUAGUGAAUCUUUGCAGCUUUUCAUAACAAUGGAACAAUUCCCAGAAAGACCAUUGUUCGGUGGAGCAGUUUCCACUACUUUCCCACUUAGGUUUGAGGAUGUGAGCAAUAUUCGUGAAGUUCCUGAUCAUCAGGAAGUGUUUGUGGACCCUGCACGUGAUGAAAGCCUGAUAUUUGAGCUUUUAGAAUUGAAACAUGAUGUUGAAGACAAUGGAAGUGCUACUUGGUUUUUACAAGACCUUGCUAGAGAACAAGGCGCCGAGGGCAAUAUCGUGACUGAGCAGUCUGCAGUGUUUGAGGCUCCUGAACUCCAAUUCAGAAACUUGCCAGCUGUCAUAACAACUGCUAAUGCCCAAAUGGCCAUCUCUAAAGCAAGACAAGGAAGAGAAGCACAAAAUCUAGUGAAGGUAUAUUUGGCGAAUUUGAGACUCAAAGGAGUUGGGACAGAUGUAGUUAUUACUGCAUACGAGCCUGUCUUCAUAAACCCAUUGAGUGAAAGUGCGAGCUCGGUUGGAGCCGGUUUAACCGUGCCGGCGGCACAGUCUGGUCGAACUGCGAUGGUUGAAGUUUUUAAACAAGCGGUCUCUUCAUUUAGAAUUAAUGAUUGGAAUCUGUUCGGUGCUGAUGCCGUUUGAGCAAGUGUUAUCUGUUGUUUGUUGUCUGCUGUCUGAUAAAUUAGGGAAAAUUUUGAUGUUGAAAGUUUUUGUUUUCUUGAUUUUCUUUAUUAAGUUGUUUUUUUUUGUGUUAAGUAAAAGAACACAUGUAUAUGGUCUCCAUGGAUUUAAGUAUUGUUCACAUAAAUUAAUAAGAUUUUAGAUGUUUUUGUUUA